GCGCGCACGUACUCUCCACUUAUCCGACUUGCCGGCAGAGCUCACCCUGUCCUGGCGCAUGCCUUGCUCGGCGAAAUGCGUUCGGCAGCAGUGGAACCCAACGGUCACAGCUACCUAGCUGUCUUUGACGUGUACAAGGCCGCACGCGAUGUGGAGGGCGCGAAGCGAGCUUGGCAGGACAUGCGCACAGCUGGGGUGCAACCUGUCUACCCUGCAGUCUCUACUAUCAUGUCCACGGUGGCAAAAACUGGCGACAUUUCAGCUGCGGAGGCACUCCUUCAAGAAGCUAGAGAUCUUGGUCUGAAUGCGACCACUGUCAGCUACAACUGUAUUCUGGAUGCUUGUCACAUUGCAGGUGAUGCAGAUGCAGCAUUUCGAAUUCUGGCAGAGAUGAGAGCAGCCGGCUUCGUCCCGGAUGUCAUUUCCUACAACUGCGCCCUGGGAUCUCUGGCCACCGCCGGGCGGCCCGCUGCGGACCGGGCCCGGCUGCUUGAGGAGAUGAGACGAGAUGGUGUCAGCCAGAACUCUUUGUUCCUGGAGCGCCACGUCUGCUACGCUCUGGGCAUGCAGCUCGAUCAGAGCAAGGUCUCCGGCGCCGAAGAGCUGCGGGCACAGUUUCAGGAGCUUCCUGCAGAGGCGCGUCGAGAAGCCCUAGAAGCAAUUCGUGACAGCACCGAAUCGACGAAACUCGUGCGUGCCUUGCGCAGCAUUCUGGAGUCUCUCGAGGAAUCUCAGGACGAAUCCGUGCAGUCAAAUCAGCAGGCUCAGAAGACAGAGAGCGGCGAUUGGGUGAAAGUGCUGGCAAAGGAUGAGGCUGGCUCUCAGAUUGAGUAUUUCUGGGACCGUAUUUCCGGCAAGACGCAGUGGCAACAUCCAGGUGCCAACUUCCGGAGGCGGAAAGCCACAGCUCUGCCUCUUUGUCUCUUUGGGCUCUGGGAGCCGCCGGUCGGAGGCCUUUGCAAGGCUCAAGGCGGCGCAGAUCGAAGAGCUCGCGGAUGCGCUCGCCGUGACCGGCGGCCAGCGCUCGGAGGCCUGCCUGCAGUACCAGGCGUGGACGGCGCCGGCCGACAGCCGGACCUGACCCGCGAUCCAAAGGCGUGCUCGGUGAUGAUCGCACGGCAAGAGUCCAGGCCGGCGGCACACCUUUGGCAGGUGGAUUGGCAGGUACUUGCGAAGGAGCUGCAACCUUCGGAGGACUUCGCCACAAAACUCCGAGUUGCUGCCCUCCAGCUUGCGAGAGGCAGCAAGCUUGAGGAGAGUUUGGCCACUUCCUUGUGGCGAGAGAUGAAUCGUCUCCCUCACAUCUGGUCGAGUCCACUGCCGCGCGUGACCGGCUUGGGACGUGACUCCUGCAGUCUCAGCGGCUUGGAGCAGCUUCGCCAGUGCGUCAAAGAAUACGCUCAACUGGCAGCACCUCGCAAGACCGGAACGUCGGGGGACCAUGGGGGCGCCGUCUGCGCUGGGUCGCUCCUGAUGGACGCCGGCGAUGGGCGCCCCGACGCACAGGAGGACGAGGGUGAGCCUGGCAGACCGGUGUCGCCUUCGUUAAAGCAGGAGACUUGCUUCGUCUUUGAUUGGGAUGACACUAUACUCCCCACGUCGUGGCUUGAGCGCAUCCAUGCGUUAGCAGGCGGACCUCUGCGGCCUGAAGUUCAGAGGCAGCUCGCCAGUCUCUGCUCCGCGGUGACGCAGACGUUGCAAAUUGCCUCCACGUUAGGCAACAUUGUGAUUAUCACGAACAGUGCCCCCGGCUGGGUUGACCAAUCUUGCCAAAUUUUCAUGCCGCAGAUCCUCCAACAGAUUCGCAGUUAUCCGAUCUAUGCGAAGCCCAUGCACGCACCCCUGACCUUUAAGAUCACAACCUUCAGACGAGAAUGCAAGAAGUUUUCGAACUUGAUCUCUAUUGGGGACGGAGACGCCGAGCGUGCUGCUAGCCUAAGGCUGCAGGCACCCUCAGAGCGCAGAGGCCCCUUAGGCGAGGAAUCCCGGCAACGGGUAAAAUCAGUGAAACUGGUGGAGCUGCCAACGUGCCAGCAGCUGAUCGUGCAGCAUGAGAUGCUCCAGGUUCGAUUACCAGAUGUCACUGCAUUCCAUGGCAGCCUGGACUUGAAGUCGCGCUUUCCAACGGGAUCCCCGCAGUCGAAGCUCAUGGAGUCGGAUGUGGCCGAAGAGGCGACGGCCUCGUGCGAGAUCCAAGUUCACAAAGACGACGAGGAUUGCCAGGAGCACUGCUUGCCAACCUGGUGGGACCGCCACUGCCAACUUCAGCACACCUACGGCUCCUCCACUUUAUCCGUGCGGGUGAAGGCUCUGGGGCUUCGGGCGUCCGAUGUCCAGUCACUGCUUCUGGGCAUGAGCUCCUUUUGUGCGCGCUGCGUGGACCCUACCGUGGAGCUUGUGCUGGAGCUGGAUGCCUCGGAGAACGAUCUCUCCGACGAGGCUGGAGCCAUCCUGGUUUCAGGGUUGCAGGACUUUGGCAAACGCCGACAAGGGCAUGUGAGGCUCCGUGUGCUGAAGCUACACAAGAACCAGGUUGGCGAUGCGACAUGUCAAAAAAUUGCAUCACUCGUCUGGCAUCAGAAGCAGGCAGUGGAGGACGUUCCCGGUUUGGCCAUGCCAGCAGACCAUGGCAGGACUUGGCAGCUGCGGCGCCAACAGCAGCCGGGGCAAGCGACCAUGCAGCAAGGCCAAGAAGAGCAACACCAAGAUGGAGGCGGAGAGGCAGCAGCUCCGGCGACAGUCACAGUGGGCCCGGACGAGGCCGACCCGCCCAAUGAGCCAUGGCUUGAGCACUACCACAGCUGUGCCAAAGAACGGGAUGCGGGAGAAGAUGAACACCGAGGAAUGGUCCGAGUCGGCUGGCUGGGGCCAGUCGAGCGGAGGUCGAGAGCAAGCCACUACACGCAGCCUUGCAGCCUUGGGUUCCUCGUUGGCUACAAGAACGACAGAGCAGAGAGCGGCCCUCGGAAAAGCGUUCAACUCCGAGCUUCGACGGCAAAGAACGAGACCGAGGUCGGGAACUCCUCCUUGGCUGGGAGGGCCUGGGUCUAUGCCGAGGAGCUGGAUGUGGAUAUCCAGGCCUCCCCCGGCAUUGACUACUACAUCCGGUGGGUCCAGACCAGUGGUCGAGCUCUUCAAGAGAGGGCACCGACAGCCCGAGCAAAGCGUGAAUGGUGCUGCGACUCCACGAGGACUGAUGCUCGCCCGGGGUGGCGCAGCAAGUGGCCGAAGCACUCGCUGCACAUGACUGAGGAGGGCCACUUCGACGAGGGCGAGUCUGAGGACGACUUGGCGGAGCGCGGCGAGUCGGACGAUGAGCUGGUCGAAGAGGGCAUUGCGGAGGCGGCGCACACCGCCUACAUGUUUCAGGCGGCCAAGGCCAAGUACUGGGAGGCGGUGAAAGGUGUGUGCGAGACCGAGACCACCGGCGAUGGAGGCUCCUUGAGGAUGGAGACCGGCAUGACUGGGCAUCCGGUCUUGUCUGUCUCACAGUACGCCGCGGAGUUGAUCCACGAGCUCGAGGACAACGACGUGCCGGUCGAACUUCGCCAGCAGAAUGCCCCACCAAGGGAGGAGGGACAAGGCCCGGCAACGCACCAAGAGACGGAAGAUGAUGGCAAUGCCGGUGUGCUGCAAGAUCCCGCGCCCAGGCCUUUGCAGUUGAACAGGAGGGCGAGGCCGACCAGACACAGCGAGUUGCUCCCCGGCGACGGCCUCAACUUCACCGGGGCCAAGGCGAUCAGCUUUAAAGGAGCGCCUAAGCACGUGCUGGCUGAUUUGGAUUCAGCGUUUAAAGAUCAGUUUCUGGAAACACCCACGGGCGCUGCGCUGCCGGGCAGCACGGCGUGGCUGAAAGACAUGGCGCCGUCUAACGCCAUCUGGGAUAAGCUUGUCCUGGAGAGGCACAUCAUCGCCAGCGAGGUGGGAGAAGCAGCAGCAGCCGUCUCCGAUGCCAAGAACCAGCUCCGCAACUGCAACCGCAGAGGCGACAAAUGUUCGGCAGGAGCCAAAUUAUCCGCAUGGGCCAGGGUCGAAGCAGUCCUUCGAGCCGGGCGACCUCGUCUACUUCUACCGCCUCCGCCGGCCUGGUCAGCGAGAUGCUUCGGAUAA